UGACUGACAGGGACGCCUCGGGCGGGCGGGGUGGUUUUGGGGAGGGAGGGUCCUCUCUGUUCACUUUGCCCUUUGCGGGAGAUGAGUUUCAGCCCGCAUGACCAACGAGGACGAGAGGCUGAGCGCCAGCUGAACCGAGUGGGACCGAGACUCCGGUAAUAUAGCGGCUCCUGCUGCGGACAUCUGCUGACUUCCCGAACUUUUGCCGCUUCUGCGGGACGGACCUCUGCGGCUCCGGCGGAGACCAUAUCUGGUCAAAGUAUUCACUGCCGUCAGCCCGCGCGCCGACCAACUAAAAAUAGCACGGGAGGAGGUGUGCGCUUCAUAAUGUCACUGUUAAGGAAAGAGAUGGAUAAAUACAGGGAUGUGGAUGAAGACGAGCUGCUGAAGAAGCUGUCAGAGGACGAGCUGCUUCUGUUGGAGGAUGAACUCCAGGAGCUGGAUCCGGAUAAUGCUCUGUUACCUGCUGGUCUACGACAGAAGGACCAGACCAAGAAAGCACCAGGAAGGCUUGGGUGCCUAAGAAGAGAGUUGACCCCAUCAUGGAGAAUGUAACUCUGGAGCCGGAGCUGGAGGAAGCUCUGUCCAGCGCCACAGAUGCAGAGCUCUGUGAUAUUGCAGCCAUUUUGGGCAUGCACACUCUGAUGAGCAACCAGCAGUACUACGAAGCUCUGGCAAGCAGCACCAUCGUCAACAAGCAGGGACUCAACAGUACGUACAACACGCAUGUAUGGACACACAUGCAUACACACACCAACACUCAGGCAUACUGUCCCCAGUUAACUAGAGCCACAGUGUGAUAACAUGAAAAAUCUAAAAGACAAGAGAAAGUACUACAUUAAGCAAUCACCACACGUCCAAUUGAAAACAGAUUC